AUCUUCAUCAUCUUCAUCCUCAUCUCUCCAAUUUUCUCUCUCCUCAUCUUUCAUGGAUGCUCUCUAUUCUCCUACCACGCAAACCCUAGCCCUAAUUCCUCGAUUUUCUUUGUCUUCUUCAUCUUCUUCUUCUUCGUCUGUUUGUUUAUGUAUCUCCAGAAUUCAAUCAAUUCGCAGUGAUUUCUUCGGAAUUUCCCCAAAAUUGAGGCUCAAUUCUCGUCGGAAAUGCAAGCGUCUUCGCUUUCAUACUACUCAAGUUCCCGUCGCUUCGUUGAAUUCGGUCCCGAUUGUUGCUGUUAUCGUCGCUGCCAUGACGGUUUCUGCCGUCGCUGUGGUUUUCUCCAAUUUUUACUAUUCUAAAAGGAAAAAGGUUUCAUCUUCUGAGUAUAACCAAGAAGAAAAAGGUAUAAGAAAAGUGGGGUUUUAUAGUCCAAAAGAUGCUGCACAUCUUCAGAUGGGAAGUUUGAAGGAGAUAAAUUUUCCAUCAUCAGGAGAAAGCAUCUCUGAGGAUAAUGUGGGCAGGGUCAAUUUGUCAUGGAAAGGUUCUUCAUCAAUACCUGAAGAUACACCUGCAAUUGGACAAACAGAUUUUUCUGAUUCUAAAUUUUACGAAGUAGGGGCUGUUGCUUCUGCGCUUAUGGAGAAGAGAGAAAUAGACCUAUCUCUUCCACAUACAUCUUCUCAACAUCUUCAGAUAGAAAGUGUCAAGGAGCCAAGUUACUCUUUAUCAGAAGUCAAAGAAACCAAUAUUAAUGAUAAUGAGGGCGGCACUGAAUUGUCAUAUCAAGAUCAUGUUGCAACACCUAAAGAUAUGCCAGAUGCUGAGUCUGCAGAUUUUCCUGAUUCUAGUUUUCAUGAUUUAGGGGCUAUUGCUUCUGCACUUUCAGUGAAGAGUGAGGAAAUUGGUCUCUCUUUUCCAGAGGAAUCUCCCGAAUACUUUGACGUGGAAAGUCUUGAGGACAAAAAUUCUUCACUAUCAGAAGUUGUAGAAACCACCUUAAAGGAAAAUGAAGGUAGGAUCAAUUUGUCUUAUCAAGAUCCCUCUUUGACACCUUUAAAAACAUCUGAUGCGGAAUCAGCAGAUUUUCUUGAUUCUAACUUUCAGAAUGUAGGGGCCAUAGCUUCUGUUCUUUCGGAGAAGAUUGUAGAAAUAGGGCUAUCUCUUCCAGAGGCAUCUCCUGAAUCUAUGCAACCACCUGUCAACUUAACCGAAGAAUCAGACUCUGUAAGUUGUGGAGUGGAGACUGAUUUGAAUCUAAAUUCACCUGUUCAUGUUGAUGAGAUGAAGAAUACCGUGAUUGCAUUUGUGGAUACUACAUUCACAAAAGAUAGUAAUCUUAUAGAACCAAACCGCGAUCAGGAUGAUUUUAAACUUCAGAAAUCUAGCUAUCAAGAAAGAACAAGAUCUGUUAGAGAUGAGCUGUACUUGUUUUAUGAGAAUUCAAUUGCAUCAGACAACCCAAAGCAUUUGCUGGGAAUGAAUGGAUCAUCUACUCAAGCAUCUCAUUUGGUGAAAAACAACUUCCCUGUGACUACGAGGAAUUCUGCUCCUAACAUGUUGCAAGAAGAUUUUUUCCAAGCUGCAGGCAUCAGAGGACAUGGGCCUGUCGUAUCCCAUGCAGGAGGCUCUUUUAAUGAGGGAAAAGGCUUGCGGAAAGUAAAAAGAAGUCUAAGAAAAGAAACAAGGGCCCGUUCUUUGCUAUAUGACCACCGAAGUCUUUCUGAUUCUCCUGAUGUGACUUCACUGGAAGCUAAUAACCAACACACUAUACCUAAGCAUAUGAGCUCUUACAACCGCUUGCUGAAAAGUGGCAGGUUAAGAGAAUGUGUAGAGUUGCUUGAAGAUAUGGAUAGCAAAGAUAUAUUGGAUAUGAGUAAAAUUUACCAUGCUAAGUUUUUUGAUUUUUGUCGAAGACAAAAGGCUGUUAAAGAAGCUUUCCGUUUUACCAUGCUGAUUCCAAAUCCUGCUCUUAGUACUUUCAAUAUGCUUAUGUCUGUUUGUGCUGCUUCACAAGAUUCUGAGGGAGCUUUUGAUGCUUGGCUUCUGGUUCAGAAGGCUGGAUAUAAAGCUGAUUGUAGACUUUACACUACUCUGAUAUCAACCUGUGCUAAAAGUGGAAAAGUUGACACUAUGUUUGAAGUCUUUCAUGAAAUGGUGAAUGCUGGGGUGGAACCAAAUCUUCAUACGUAUGGAGCUCUUAUUGAUGGUUGUGCAAGAGCUGGUCAAGUAGCUAAAGCCUUUGGUGUGUAUGGGAUUUUAAGGUCUAAGAAUGUGAAGCCAGAUCGAGUUGUAUUCAACGCACUUAUCACCGCAUGUGGCCAGUCUAAAGCAGUGGAACGUGCUUUUGAUGUGCUGGCAGAAAUGAGAUCUGAACUACAGCCUAUUGACCCUGAUCACUUUACUAUUGGCGCUCUGAUAAGAGCCUGUACAAGCGCUGGUCAGGUUGAUCGAGUGAAAGAAGUAUAUGCUAUGAUGGAGCAAUUCGACAUCAAAGGCUCUCCAGAGCUUUACACAAUUGCUGCUAAUAGUUGCAGUCAGACUGGUGAUUGGGAUUUUGCAUGCAACAUAUAUGCUGACAUGAAAAGGAAGGGUGUGGUCCCUGAUGAGGUAAUGCUUGGCAACCUAAUAUGUUUUUUUAGUGCCUUAAUAGAUGUUGCUGGGCAUGCUGGUAACCUUGAUGCUGCUUUUGAGGUUCUGCAAGAUGCAAGAACUGAAGGGAUGAAUCCAGGAAUUAUUGCAUAUAGCUCGUUGAUGGGGGCCUGUAGCAAUACCCAAAAUUGGGAGAAGGCACUCGAGCUUUUUGAGCAAAUCAAAGCUAUGAAUAUGAAACCCACAGUUUCAACUGUAAAUGCCUUAAUUACUGCACUCUGUGAUGCUGACCAAAUGCAGAAGGCUCUGGAUGUUCUGACAGAAAUGCAGAAACUCGACUUGAGCCCAAAUAAUAUCACUUACUCCAUUUUAAUAGCGGCAAGUGAAAAAAAGGAUAAUUUAGAAGUAGGCCUUGCACUCUUUUCUCAAGCAAAAGCUGACGGUGUUUCCUUCAGCCAUAUCAUGUGUAAAUGUCUUAUAAAAAUGUGCUACCGGAGAUAUGAGAGGGCUUCUACAAUUGGUGAGCCUGUUUUAUCUUUUAAGUCUGGACGUCCGCAAAUUGACAGCAAAUGGGUAUCCUUGGCUUUAAUGAUUUACCGUGAAAUGAUUGGAUCUGGUUUGCUCCCUUCUAUAGAUAUUCUUUCUCAAGUUUUAGGAUGUCUACAGCUACCAAAAGAUGUAUCCUUGAAGAAGAGGCUUAUUGAGACUUUGGGAAUCAAUGCUGAAACAUCAAGAAGUGCAAACCUCUUUCCAUUGAUAGACGGUUUUGCAGAAUAUGACCCUCGUUCUUUUUCGUUGUUUGAGGAAGCUGCUUCACUUGGCAUUGUACCUGGUGCUUCCUUUAAAGAAAGUCCCAUUGUAAUUGAUGCAACAGAUUUGAACAUUCACGUAGCAGAGGUAUAUAUCCUAACAGUUUUAAAAGGACUCAAGCAUCGUCUUGCUGCUGGUGCAAAGGUGCCCAGUAUGACUAUUUCACUGCCUGUGGAGACAACAGACAUUGCACGUCCUAAAGGAGAAAAAACAAUCAAUCUCUCUGCAAGGCUUAGUCAAGCAAUUGGAGCUUUAUUUAGGAGAUUACGGCUACCAUAUCAAGGAUCUGAAUCAAGUGGCAAAAUCAAAAUCAAUGGAUUUGCUGUAAAAAAAUGGCUUCAGCCAAAACUUGUUCCUUCAUUUACUGGGAAUCAGGCACAAACACAAGGACAAGCACAAGCACAAAUGGGAUUAUCUCAAUUAAGAUUAGCCAAAGAAAUCACGCAUCAGCAGCGCAAAAUUCGUACUGGGAAUCUUUCCCUGGACUGAUGAAAAUCUGUAAGUAGAAAGCCCUAAAUUUAUGAGUUGUAUAUGAAAAUUUUCCAUAUAGUUUAAUCGGGUUAUAUCUACCAAAUUUUGCUCUCCUAACUGCCUUUUUAUGAUUGAUCAGAAAAAAUAAAGGCCAUAUUAUUUUGCAUAGUCUCAUUUACAAAAUUUUUAAUUC